AUGGAUCAUCUGUCAAAUCAACAUAAGUUUCAAAGAAAAACAGACACAUACUUUUCGCAAGUUAGUAAAACAAAGACUUUUUUGUGUCAGCAAAGUAAAGAAUGCAAUCGGAUUGUCAGCUGUUCCUGUGCAAGAUGCAGUUCAAAGAUCUGUGAUAGAUGUCAAAAUCUGCAUUCUUGUUCAAAUAAAUCAUUUAUCAGUGUCAUUUUUAACGAAAAAUUGCAAGAGCUCCAACCACUGUGCAAGCAACACGACUCGCUUGCAAAAUAUGUUUGUAUUGACUGUGAAAAUUUGUUUACCUGUGUGUAUUGCACACACAGGCAACAUAAGAAUCACCGAAUAAAAACGGUUGAUGAUUUUGGUCUGGAAGCGAAACAAUGGUUUCAGUCGUUUAUCAACUCAUUCGACGAAACUAAGGUUGUCUUUGAAGAGUUAACAAGAAAAUACAACGAAGCCUUGACGAGUUUUAAAACAGAGAGAGAAAUAUUUGCUCGUGAAUUAAAAGUGAGAAAGUUGAAACGAAUGACAGAGUAUGUGAAAAUGUUAAACGCAGAAGAAGAAAACCAUUUAAAAGAGUUUGAUGAAAAAGUAGAAGAAUUUAAAGCACAAGUAAUCCUUGUUGGUCUCUUAGACAACACUUGGAUAAAACGAUUCUCAGAUUACAUAUAUGUUUUUAAUUCAAAAUCUCACUUUGAAUUGGUUGCUGAGAAGUUAGAAAUUGAACGACAGCUUCGUAGUCUAACUUCUUUUCCAAAAACUAUCCUAACUUUUAAUUCACAUCUUUAUCAGUUGAAAAAAGAAGAUUAUUUUACCAGUCCAUUGGGUCGAGUGCAAGUUUCCGUCGAUGAUAUGUCCACUAUUGGUAUAGAUCCUAGUAAAUGUUCUGUUUAUAAAAACUUGAUUGAUGAAUGUGAGCCACAACCCAACUUUUCGGAAUUAGCAACUAAUUUAAAGACAUUACUUAAAAGUUUAGAAGAAUACGAAAGAUCUCGUGCAAAUGUAAAUCUUGAUGGUGAGAAGCAAAGAAGCAGCGCUGUGAAGCAAAAAGAUGCAACGGGGCUUUCAAAGUUGUACUCCUUUGAAGACCUUCGGGAAAUAAUACAAAAUGGUGAUGACAAGAAACUGCAGUUCGUCCUUAUUAAUAGUCCAAAUAUCGUUAAAAUGAGGGAUGAUUAUGGACACACACUGUUGAUAGAAGCUGCACGGAGAAAUAAACCAUCGAUAGUACAAGCUUUAAUCGAUGCUGGUAGUGAGGUGUACGCUGUAAACAAACGCAAAUGGAAUGCAUAUCACUUUAGUGCAAAGUUUGAUCACCAAGAUGUUCUAAAAAUUUUGAUUAAUUGUGAUGUCACACACAUUAACAAUGUAGACAAUGACAAUAACACACCAUUACAUCUUGCGUCUGCUCGUGAUCAUGUUGAAUGUGUUAAGUUGUUGUUGUCAAUACCACAUAUUAAUGUUAAUAUACAAAACUGGAAGAAUCAAACAGCCUAUGAUGUUGCUUGUAAUAGCGCUACCAGACGAUUACUUGAGAAGCAUCGGGGAGAAGCAGCAAAGCUGUUGGAUUAUUAGAUUUUGCUUUUUGACACAACAGUGAAAGACAGUACCGUUGUAAAAAACUUCAUGCGACUUAUUGCAACUGGUAUUACUUUUAUGACACUUUAGAAGUAAAAAAGUAUGUAAGAAGUUCUAUUGCGAAUGAGUUUGUAGUUUGUGAAUUUAUUAGACUAACAGCUAAGAAAUUGAUUGCAUGACAAUACCUAUCGCAAAGAUUUUUCGCAAAGUUUUGUAUAGCUUUUUAACCACACCACAUGAAAUCAACACAUUUAAUCAUGAACUUAUAAAUAUAAAAUACUAUGGCGAUAAAUUUUUUGAAAGUGCCACUUAAUGCUAGUAUCGGUUUUUGUGGUAUGUCCUCACUGAGGACAGUUACAAAUAUAACUUUAUAUUUGCGACAAAAGGAAAAGACAUUGUAAAUAUAUGUAAACAGAGCCCCCGUUCCUCGUUUCCCCGUUUGUUAAUUACACAAAGUUGUUUUUGUUGUUGUUGUUGUUGUUGAUGAACUGCAGUAAAACAUGUAAUUGCUGUUUUUGAGCAUAAUUAUAGUAAAUAUUAAAUUUAUAAAAUGUUCGAAAUGCCAAAAUAAAUUGCUAAGAAACUUUUGGCAAAACUGUCAAAU